AUGAGCGCGCAUUACGCGGUUGCAGCCUUGCCGACCAAUGGCGUAGAGUACGGUAUAAACUUUUAUAGCAUUUUUCGAGGGAGAAAGCUUGAAAUUUGUCAAGAAAAAUUCGCUCCGAUUCCACCUCCACCCUCCCCGAUUUCACCUCCAUCAGCUCCGAUUCCACCUCCACCAGCCCCGAUUCCACCUCGACUAUCCCCGAUUCCACCUCGAACAGCUCCGAUCCUUCGAUUCCACCUCCACCAUCCUCGAUUCCAUUUCCACCAGCUUCAAUCCUUUGAUUCCACCUCCACCAGCCCCUGA